AAACCCAAGUUCAACAAAUAAUGAGAACAAUUUCUCUUUCAAGAUUACUUCAUAGUUGAACUAGGAAUUCCCACAUGUAGUCUCCCUUGGCGUUUGAAUAAUCGCUUAUUUUAGUAUUUCACAAUCAUUUUUCUUUCCACCAUAAUCUGAAUCAAUCAAUCAAUCAUUCUCAGGAGUUAUUUGAACAUCAAAUCCAUUUUAGUUCGAAUCCUUUCAUCACAGAGUAUGAGCAUUUGAUGAUCCAAAGAGGGAGCAUUGCAGUCGCUUAUGGUAUGUUUGUUGUUUUUGGUUGGUGUCGAGUCAAUUCCGGGACAGAGUUUCCAAGUCCAGAGAUCGCAGAAGCAGAGGCUGAGAUACAGAGCGGUGACCAUUGGUAUGGUAUCUCUGUAGGAAAAUAGGAAGAACUGUGGCGGCUACUCAUAAAUGUAGUAUUCAAACCCAGAUUCUCGAUUCAGUAUGAGAAGCAUCUUCUUACUUGCCAUUAGCUCUUUUGAUUUCACUUUCCUUCCGUCUGCUGCUGUAAAUUUUGGCUGUAGAUGGUUAGAACAUUCAAUUUGAAGAUCCCCUUCGUUUCGCCAUUCGAGACUUGUGCACUUACGAAGCCCACGGACUUGGAUUUUGAAUAGUUUUGUGGAGGAUCUGCAGUGAAUGAAGUUCCAUGUGUAGGUACACUUGAAGAACAGUUAUCAGUUUUUUGGACAAAUUCUCUAUGAGAAUACAUUGGAGAUCAAUAUGAGAGGUGCUGGAAGGAGAUUGAUUGAGAAGGAAUCUGGAAAAUGUUCUCACUCCAAGCUGGAAACUGGAUCAGAGUUUAUCUUUCCUCUGAAGUUGAAAAGGUGUAGCAAAAUAUCCCAUUCCAAGCAGAAAAAAUCAAGAACAAAGUCGCACUCACAGCCAAUUUCUUCAACAUUCAAGAGGAGACCUCUUCCUAAAUCCUUGAGCAAGGGGAAUAAAAAUGUGACAAUUAGACAACUGGCCGUUAAAAAAUUUCAGCUAAAAAAACUUGAUACAAAAUCUUCCAAGGAGUUACUUUUGUCAAAGCUUCAAGGUGGUAAAUCCCUGUCAUCAGCUAAUACGAAAGGGAAUGCAGAAAAGGUUGAGCCGGUGGUCAAGAUAAACCAACAAAGGAAAAGGAGGAAGAACAAAGGAAAAAAGGAAAAAGUGGAGUUAGAUGAAGCUUCUCGCCUACAGAGGAGAACAAGAUACCUUAUAAUUAAAAUGAAGCUAGAGCAAAACCUUAUUGAUGCUUACUCUGGAGAAGGUUGGAAAGGCCAGAGCCGAGAAAAAAUUAGGCCAGAAAAGGAACUUCAGAGAGCCAUGAAGCAGAUAUUAAAGUGCAAACUUGGAAUCCGUGAUGCUAUUCGCCAGCUGGAUUUGCUUGGUUCAGUAGGAUGCAUUGAAGACUCUGUUAUUGGUCCUGAUGGAUCUGUCUACCACGAACAUAUAUUCUGUGCAAAAUGCAAAUUGCGUGAAGCUUUCCCGGACAAUGACAUUAUACUUUGCGAUGGGACAUGCAACUGUGCUUUUCACCAAAAAUGUCUGGAUCCACCAUUAGACACGAAAAAUAUUCCUCCAGGAGACCAGGGUUGGUUUUGCAAAUUUUGUGAGUGCAAGAUGGAAAUAUUGGAAGGAAUGAAUGCACAUCUUGGUACUCGAUUCUCAUUGAACAUUAGUUGGGAGGACGUUUUCAAAGAAGAAGCUGCUUUCCCGGAUGGUGGAAAUGCGUUGCUUAAUCAUGAGUAAGAUUGGCCCUCAGAUGAUUCUGAAGAUGAUGACUAUGAUCCAGAUAAGAAGGAGAAUAGCUAUGACAACGCAAGUGGGGAAGAAAAUGAUAAGGAUGUUUUGGAGGAGUCCAGUAGUUCAACCAGCUUGAGUUGGUCUUUAGAUGGCGAGGAUUUAACUGCUAAAGAUGGUAUUGGAUGUGAAGAUCACUUGGGUGCUGGUAGCAGCUUAGUUUCUGAUGGAUCCAAUGAAGAGAGUAUUGCAUGCGGCCGUCGGCAGCGGCAGGCUGUUGAUUAUAAAAAGUUAUAUGUUGAAAUGUUUGGAAAGGAUGCUCCACCACACGAACAAGAAGAAGUUAGUGAAGAUGAAGACUGGGGACCUGCAAAAAGAAGACGGAGAGAAAAGGAAUGUGAUGCUGCAAGUACUCUCAUGUCCCUCAGUGAAAGCGAAAAAAAGAGUCAAGACAUUGACAUGGCAGCAGAGAAAAAACUUCCCAAUUCUCACAGUAGAUCAUGUUUCAGAAUCCCACGUUAUGCAGUUGAGAAACUUCGCCAAGUAUUUGCUGAAAAUGAACUUCCCUCUAGAGACGUGAAGGAGAACCUUUCAAAAGAAUUGGGUCUUGAUGCUGAAAAGGUCAGCAAAUGGUUCAAGAAUGCACGGUACUCUGCACUAAGAAAUAGAAAGGCGGAGGGAGCAACACAACCCCACAGUUCUCAUAAGACUUCCAAUGAGUCCAGACUAGCAGAUUCAAAGGAAAUGUCUGAGAAUCUUCUUUCAUUUGAGGACGCCCCAGUAAAAGAACUGCAGCAGAAGUUGCGGGGAAGUCAUUGGAAGAAAAAUCAGCACAGAAAAUCAUCACUUGUAUCUUCCAACUAUAACAAGGAUGCUUUUGAUUUUGGUGAUGAUAUAAGCUUGAAGAAUCUCCUAAAGAAUAGAAAAACGAAGGUAAAGAGGGUAAACUUUGUAGCUAGAGGUGGAGGUCAAGAAGCAGAAGUGGAGAUGGAAAGAUUGUGUAAAAUUAAUGGUAGAUUAGAGGCAAUGAAGCAGCAAUUACUUAGACUAUCAAAUAAGAAAGAUGAUGGGAUUUUAGAUAGGUCACACAUGUUUGAACAGACUAUUGUAUAUGUUCCUGUGGCAGUGUUAAAGGAAAAGGUUUGAUCCUGUACAGUGACUUUAAUUCUUCUACCCCAUAUUCAAAGUUGGGGAUCUUAUGAUAAAUCUUAAAUACCUGAUUUUUGUUUUUAAACUUUGAAUCAGAUGCUACAGGUUCCCAUAUUGCACGAGUGAAAUAUUCUCUUGAACAUUUCUUCUGCCA